GGCCGUGGCUCGGGUGGCUGAGGUCCUUGAUGAUCUUCUUGGCCUUCCUGUGACACCGGGUGUUGUAGAUGUCCUGGAGAACAGGCAGUGUGCCCUCAGGGAUGCGUUGGGCUGACCGGGCCCUCGGUGAUGCGUUGGGCUGACCGCACCCCCCUCUGGAGAGCAAUGCGGUUGCGGACGGUUCUGUUGCCGUACCAGGCGGUGAUACAGCCUGACAGGAUGCUCUCAAUUGUGCUAUGUUACAUACUGACAGCUACAUAAUGAAAGUCUAGUGGUAGAUGUACAUUUUCCAUGGAUUGGUCUUGACAUCAACUAAUCAUUUUUUUUUGUUUUUAAAUCACAUAAAUGUAUGUCCAGAAUUUAGUGGUCCCUGAAUGUAUUACAGUUACUGGGCCCAUAAUUCCUUCUCCCCACCUACCUUUAUUCCCAACACACACACAGUCCAUGUACACACACAUACAUACACACACACACACAGUCCAUGUACACACACAUACACACAGUCCAUGUUUACACACAGUUUGCAGAUUGUCUUAUAGGAUAAACUACAGGGAUAAAGCUCUUUCUCUGCCAGUCACACAGAGUGACACAACACAGGCUCCAGGGACCAAACUGUUACUGUCAGAGACGGAGAGAGAGAAGAGGAGAUAGACCUGAGCCGACAGUAAACCACUGAUAACAGGGAUUAAUUUUUCUACACCUCCAUAAAAUCCUCUCCCAGACCUCAUCAUGGAUAUUGAUUCCGUGUACCAGUAUUUAGGAUUUCAAGCACAAACCAACGAUUCAGGGACUUCAAGUAGGGAUAAUCUAUGGCUGUAUGGCAUUUCUACCUUCGUGGUUCUGUGGACGCUAGGCUGGCUGUACAGAGACAGUCUGGAAGUAGAGAACGUCAAGGAGAAGUAUGUGUUUGUGACGGGCUGUGACUCUGGCUUUGGGAACUUGCUCUGUAAGAGGCUAGACCAGCGAGGGUUCAGGGUGAUAGCUGGGUGUCUCACAGAGAAAGGGGCUGAUGAUCUGAACAUGGCGACUGGGCCGUACCUGAAGACUGUUCUCCUAGACGUGACGAGCACCGCCAGUAUACAGAAAGCUAUGGAGUACACCAAGCAGGAGGUUGGAGAUAACGGACUGUGGGGUAUCGUGAACAACGCGGGGCGCUCCCUGCCCAUGGGUCCCACAGAGUGGAUGAGGAUGGAGGACUAUACCAGUACCCUGAAGGUCAACAUGACGGGGGUGAUAGAGAUGACCCUCACCUUCCUGCCCCUCAUCAAACAGGCCCAGGGGAGGAUUGUCAACGUGGCCUCAGUGCUGGGUAGGGUGGCGGCUAACGGAGGGGGAUACUGCAUCUCUAAGUUCGCUGUGGAGUCCUUCUCAGACUGCCUCAGGAGGGAUAUCCACUACUUUGGGAUCAAGGUGUGCAUCAUUGAACCAGGUUUCUUUAAGACAGCGGUUACCAGUCUGGAUCCCAUUGAGAGAGAGCUGCAUCGCCUGUGGAACCAGCUCACACCUGAAGUAAAGGCCAGCUACGGAGACAAAUACCUGGAUAAGUACAUCCAGAUACAACGGUUGAUCAUGAAUGCAUCUUGUGACUCUGACCUGAGUAAAGUGACUAACUGCAUGGAGCAUGCCUUGAUGUCUUCCUACCCCCGUACCCGCUACAGUGCCGGCUGGGACGCCAAGUUUGGAUGGAUCCCUCUCUCUUACAUGCCAUCCUGUGUCAUCGAUAUUGGGCUGAAACUGGUGAUGCCACGUCCUGCUAAGAGUGUGUAGAGAUGCAUUUAAAAUAGUUAAUAGGAUACAAUACUAUAUGCAAUACAAUCCUAUACUAAACCAUUUUAAAAAAAAAAAACAGUAUAUUGUUUUGAGUUUAAACGUACAGAAUGUAGAGUAGUCUACACAAUUUUACCUGAAACUUAAUUCAAUGCAUUUCUUUCCAGGCCUACUGUCGGUGUUUUGAAGCUAGAUUAUAUCCUAGAGUUAUGAAAAAAUAACAUGGAAUAGUUAUGAAUAGUUAUGUUUGGGAACCUACUGUGCCUUUUUUGUCACCAUUAUUUAUGUUGCUUAAUUUCAAGCAAGAUUUAAAGUUUUACAGGCAAAAGCUUUAUUUACCUACAACAAGCAGUUUGAACAUCGUCCAAUAAGGCUGAAAGAACUGAUGUCCCAUUAUAUGAACACAAAUAAUAAAAUGAGACCCAAUUCAUGAUUUUCAAA